AUGGCACACACAAGAGCCAUUGAUUACUUUUAUAUUUGUGGUCUUGAUGAAACCGUCGGUCUGGAACCGCUUGAGCUAGGUCGGACAACUGCCGAAAUGCAAACAUCCCCGCUACAUAUUCCUUACAAAUCACGCAUUUUACAAUAUUUUCCGGAUUAUGUGCCACGUUGUUCUUUCGAUUCUGAGUCAACCGCCUUGGUCACAAUGCCAAGUGGUUUACGAUUAUUUACUCAGUCGUGUAUAGACUUCCGUCAUCCACCAGUUCCGCAACGUCACACAUUUAUCAUUACUCGAGAAGAUGGGAAUAAGGUUUACGGGAUGUCCUUGGUGUUUCAUGUUCAAGUUCUGAACGAUAACAUUCUGGAGUUGGUUACUUCCCAUCAGGUGGCUGAAUCCGGUUCAAUAGAAGGUUCCAUAGACUGGCCAGAAAAGAACUUCAAAAGCGACACUGAUUUACUUCUCACCACUCGAGCAAUCGGGGUACUUUCACGUCAUCCGUUUGUCUAUGGUUUAUUUGGGUGGCUUGAAGAUGUCUGGGCGUCAAUGUUUCUGACUACCAGUCGCACUCCAGAGAACAUCGAGGCGCGUAUCUAUCAGCUGCUGUAUAAAACCACCCUUCCUUCACCGGGCUCGUAUGUGAUAUUUCCUGGUCCGUUUCGUCAGCAUUAUGGCUAUGUUCCAGGUGGGCUCUCAAUUUCGUUUAAUUUCUUUUAUCAUCUGCAGUUUAUUUUACCGCUCUUUAGUACUGUGUCUUCUCGGAAAUGCUGCAUAUUCGCAGAUAUUUGA